UAGGGUUCUUCUUGCUCCAAAAGUUUCCCUUUUUUUCUACCGUCGUGAUCGUUUAAGACAAAUCUGGGGGCAAAAAUACCUGUGUCCCGGUUCACUCACUCUCUACCCCCAUUUUCUACAAAGUUGUUCCUCCCUCUCUCUCUCUCUCUCUCUCUCUCUCUCUUUCUGUCUUACUUUCUCUCAGUCUCUAUAUUCUCUCCUGUGCUUCAUCUUUUUUCUCUUUUUCUCUCUUUUCAUUAAGCGGAAUUUGGAUCGAAAAUGGGACGGAAGAAGGUCGCUUUGAAAUUAAUUGAAAAUAAGAGUCGCCGUCAAGUGACUUUUUCUAAGAGGCGAAACGGAUUGAUGAAGAAGGCUCUUGAGCUCUCAGUUCUUUGUGAUGUUGAAGUCGGUCUUUUCAUCUUCUCUAGCAGCGGGAAGCUUUAUCAGUUCUGUAGCACCAACAGUUUGCCCAGGCUUCUCGACAAAUACAAGGUGCGUCUUGAAGCGGGGUUUGCAUCUUUUAAAGGUGCUAACCAGGCAGAGAUCAAUCACACAGAGUACACAAGCAGGAUAUCAUAUGCAGAGCUACUGAAAAUAGUUGAAAUGCAACUUGACGGUCCAAAUGCUGAGAAGCUUAGUGUGACUGACCUUGUCAAGUUGGAGAAUCAACUGCAUGCUGCAUUGAGACAAAUCAGAGCUCAAAAGACAGCACUGAGGUUGGAGUCUGUAAGUGCUCUUCGCCUAAAGGAAACAUUUCUGAAAGAGGAAAAUGGAAUUCUAAAGAGGGAGAUAGAAGAGCUGGCGAAAGGGUAUACUACCCACCCAAAUUUCAACUUGGUUCAUCCUCUUUAAAUUUACUGAAAUAGUCAGCAAGAAUAAGGCAUUAUUGGUUGCAGGACAAUUAGUUACCCGUGAUGGGAAUUAUCAGGAGUUGAACUUGAUGAAACCCUAGUAGUCGCCUCAGUAUAUAUGUGAAUAAAUAUGUAGUUGCCCAGCAGGGACCUUAUGCUUUUUCUUGUUGCCAAGCGAUGUGUAUUAGUAUUGUAUUAUGAAUGGGUAUGGUUGGAAUGUCUAAGAAAAAAUGGUAUCCCUCAUUGUAAUGUCAUAUUCUGUCUAAGUAUUGUCGUGGCGCCUCAAGAGAUCCAAUAAGUUAAGUUAAAAGGAUGUAGGAGACAUUUAUGUUGUAAUGAAUUAAGGAGGUCGUGGGUAUUACAUAAUUUGAAGGACGUGCACAAGUAAUCAUGAUUAUGAAUCUUGACAUUUCAUUUCAA